GUCCGGAGCAAGAAAUUUGUGGCACAACUUCCACCAUACGAACGACUCGAAACGUCAACAGCUGGAUGUAUGAAGUGUGGCUGUGAGAAAGGCUAUUACACCGAAGUUACUAACACAGUGUAGCUUUAACAUUUUUUGCCAUGUUUUCAGUCAUCGAGAAUCGCAUCAAUUGAAAGUAUUAUCGUCAAAGCAGCAGCGGCUCUCUGACCUUUUGAGGAAAUCCGUUUGAGUGAUCUGCAUUUAACAGGUGAGAGCAGAGUUUAGUUAGUUAAUUCGUUAGUAGAUUCACGUUAAGUACCCCUUAAAAGACAUGGCCAGCAGCAGCAGUGGUAGUGUGGACAUGGAUCCAGAUGUUGCCCUGAGGCUUUUCGAGGAGGGAGCUACCCUCGUGCUGCUGGGUGUUCCUCAGGGUACAGAGCUCGGAAUCGACUGCAAGAGUUGGCAAGUGGGUCCUCGUUUCCGGGGUGUUAAAAUGAUCCCCCCUGGUCUGCACUUCCUCCACUACUGCUCGUCAGGCUAUGGAGGACAAAUUGGCCCGAAGACAGGCCUCUUCCUCUCUCUCAAACCCAGAGAGAUCAUACUGGCCAACUGGGACGCCAAGGAAGAAGAUCUGGACUUCUCAGCCUCCAAGAAUGAAGAGGAGUUGAGUCGGAUUCGUGCCAGCUUGCGCGAGCUGGAUCCUUACCUGGGCCCCUAUCCCUAUGAGGUGAUGAGGAAGUGGGUGUCCCUCACUGACCGUAUCAGUGAGGAAAUGGCCAAAAACUUGCAGCCUCUCUCAGGUCGAGUAUGUGCAUUCAGUGACGUGAUUCCCGAGCUUCAGUUCACACACACCAAAGACAGGGCGGAGCAGCCGAGGAAUGACACGGCCUGUCAGAGCAUGAAAGAGGGGCUUGACAGGCUCCCCAAGAUGAAACAAAGGGAGGGUACGGAGUUGCGCUUCUCUGUCAUCCCUAAGAAGACCUACCCUCCCGGGGCUACGCCGGCUGAGAUCACCAAGUGCAGCAUGGACCUGAGCUACGCUCUGGAGACGGUGCUGGAGAAGAACCACAUGCAGGAGGCUCUUAACGUGCUAGGUGAGCUGCAGUUUGCCUUUGUGUGUUUUCUCUUUGGAAAUGUGUACGAGGGCUUCGAGCACUGGAAGUGCCUCCUCGCUCUGCUGUGCCGCUCAGAGGAGUCCAUUCUGAAGCGCAAGGACCUCUACCUGGGGCUCAUCGCCGUGCUCUACCACCAGCUUGGAGAAAUACCUCCUGAUUUUUUUGUUGACAUUGUAUCUCAAAACAACUUCCUUACCUCCACGCUGCAGGAUUUUUUCCAGUUUGCCAUUGGGCCUGGUGUAGAUGCCAACCUGCGUAAGAGAGCAGAGAAAUUCAAAGCCCACCUGACCAAGAAGUUCAGAUGGGAUUUCGAUUCAGACUUGGACGACUGUGAACCUGUUGUGGUGGAGCUGCCUGAAGGUGUGACAGUCGACUGAAACUACUCAAUGGACUCUCCUCACCGAGAAAAAGGAACACAGAAGGAGAUCCACAAAGUAUCUUAUGCUACAGUCACACUAGGGAAAACAGUGGGUGGAGACGACGGCACGACCAAACAUUUUUGCAACUGACUGAUCUCAUUGGCUUUCAAAUAGUUGCUUUGAAGAUGGCGACCAAGUCUGUGAUCACUUGCAGACAGCUGCUAUCUUUAAAGUGGAUUUGGUGAUGGUGAUAAAAUGGCAAUACACUGAAAUUCACAUUAUGUACUUACAUUCAGAGUCCAGCUAGGACCUGAUAGUUUUGAAGCAUAAUUUCAGACAUUUCUACACGAAUGGUGACACAGCUGCUGCAGGACGAUGAUUCAGCUGCAGAGUCACA